AUGCUUGUUACACGUUAUCGUUUAAAACAAUGUUUAACUUUUGGUCAUUUAUCUCGAUUACAAUCAACUCAAUAUCCAAUUGGAAUUAAAAAAGUUCGAAGUACUUGUUUUGAUUCACCAAUGAAAGAUAUUUUAUUGAAACAUUUCGAUCAUAUUGAUUUUGAUAAAGAUUUAUAUCAAUGCAAUACACUAAUUUAUGAUAAUGUUGAAUAUCGUCGAUGCGGAGUAUAUGUUAUAGAUUUAAAGCCAUCUCAUGAACAACCAGUAUUUGCUCAAACUAUUAUGAUUAUAAAAAAGAAUGAAAAAUGGUGGUUAUUAGUUGAUAUUCUUGAUACAAUUUGUUAUAAUGAAAAACUAUCUGCAUGGCAAAUACAAUCUUUAACUCGAUAUUCUUUGAUUGAUCCAAAUGAUUUAGUAUAUUAUUACAAAGGACUGGAUAUUUACAUGGUGAACAAUUUGAGUUUUGUUACAUUUAUAUCACAGCAAGAUGUGGAUGGCCCAAUGCUCAAGAUGUUGAAUAAUGUUGAACGAAUAUCACCGUUAAUACCGAAAUUGAAACAACAGCUAAUUUUCUUAGAAGAACGUGAGAAAUUAUUCAGAAAAAUUGAUGAUGGUUCAAUUUCAUGUGAUGGUCCAUUAUCUAAUACAUCUACGAUACCUAAAACAUCAAUAUUUACUUUACCAAAUCCUCAAACAUCACCUGCUGUUUCAAUUAAUUCAAAAUCAUCAUCUACAAUUAAUUUAUCAAACACAAAUCUUUCAUCAACAAUGUCUAUGGAUAAUUCAACAACUGAUCAAGUUAUUAUUGCUGCAGGUGUAUCUUCAUCUUUUCCAGAUGUAUAUGAAGUACCAAUAUUACCAAAAGCUUUAUUGAAAAAUAUUGAAGCUGGAAAUCUCAAAAGUUUUGGUCCACAUUGUCAAGGUCGACAAAUACUAAUCGAUGCAGUAGUUCAUGAUCUGAUGGAAACAUAUAAUUUACUCUAUCUAUCAAAAACACAAUAUAAUGUCGUUGGUUCUGCUCUUCUACGAUGUUUGAAAUUACCCUCAACACUAGAAAAUCUGGCCAUUUGGAAAGAUGCAUUGCAAACCAAAUUAAAACGAACACGUAAUGAUCAUCCAAAUAACGAUCUUGUUCAAGAAUUUCGAUUAAAAUAUUCAAAGUUGGGAUCUGGACGUCCAGUUAAACAAAAAAUAGGUGAAAUUGCUGAACAUGAUAGACAUAAACAGGUAACUAAUAAUUAA